UGUUCACGUUAAAUAAAAACUAAAAAUAGAACCCACAUGUUCUCAAAGACAGUUGAGAACCUGACAAGACUAUUAGACUAUGACAUGUCAGAUUUAUGUGAAACACACCACAUACUUUUAUAGAUUACCGCAUUUUCCGCACUAUAAGGCAGACAUAGAUGCCUUAGUUUUUUAUUAAAUAAAUAAAAGAAAAAUGGCCUCCAGGGUGCUUUAUAUAUAGAUAAAUUCUUGCUGUGCUUACUAAAGUUGAAGCAGUUGUAAGAGGUGCUCUCUCAAAACGUUUGGCUAAUUCUUGCUGUCAAGAUGCUAAUGUAGCUAAUUUGCAGCGGUGCUGGAUUUAGUUUUUUUUCAGUUUAUUACUAAUUUGGUUGGGAGUUAGUGUAAUCACAGGAAUGUUUUAGCAGCAUCAAUGUGUUUUUUUUUACAUGUUAUGAACAAGGUUGGGAUUUACAGGUAUUGUGAAUAUGCUAACGUGGCUACGGCUGCCACAAACGAUUAUUUUGAUAGGCGACUGAUCACUGAUUAUUUUUUCCGAUUAGUCGAAAUGCAUGCUGGGAAGAUGGCCGCAUGAACGUCUUCGUCCUCUCCUGAUCAACGAUUAACUUAAUAUUUAAGAGCCUAUUUCGCCAUUUUUGUCUUUAAUAGCAAUCAGUGGUUUGUUUAAAGAUUGUGGUUUGAACUGGUAGAAAACGAAUACAGUUUUAAGCUGUAUUAUGGCUGAUAACACGCGCCAACGCAACAAGAAGGACGCCGAGGGUGAAACCUCUUUAUUGAAUGAACUACGGGCACUUAAUGUCAAAAUGGACAACAUGCAGAUAAAAAUGGACAGCAUGCAAGCCAACAUCGAAACACAAAUGGAUGUAAAAAUAAAUUCACUCCGUGGAAACUUGGAGAAAUUAAUCUCGGAUGGACACGCCGCUUUUAAAAGUGAGCUGGAGAAGGCGGUGAGCGAAGUGCGUAACAGCCUGGAUCUGGAAGUCGCGAUUAUGAGUUCCAGAAUGGACAAUAUUGAGAUGAAAAUGAGCAAGAGAGAAUUGCGGGGAAAGCCCUAUGAUCCAGACGUUUCGCUGGUUAUUGUCGGGCUGCCUCAAACGGAUGGCGAGGAUCUAGCAGCUAAAGUGAACGAGUUGCUGCGGGAAGGUCUGCGCUGUGAUCCGGUGCCAAAGCUGGUGGCCACGGAGCGCGUAAAACCGAGAGGACUGCAACCUGGGCUGGUGAAAGUAGAGCUGGAGACGGUACAAGACAAAGUGGCUGUGCUUCGUUUGAAGUAUAAGCUCAAGGAUCACGACAACUACAGAAGAGUCUACGUAUCCUCUGCGAAAUCGCACGCGGAGCGCCUGAUGGAUUUUAACCUGCGGACUCUCAUCCGAGAGAUUCCAACAGCAAAGAACUACUUUUUGGCUGGCAACGGACGAUUGGUCAAACGCUCUCCAGCGGAGGAUGGUGUGGAACAACGUAGGGCACGGGUGUGACGAGAUUACGCCCAGCCUGGUGACUAGACAUGAAAUAUUCAUUCAAACGUCAGAUGUUUGAGUACCAAUGACCUCAGUGGAAACAGGCGCCGCCUCACCCGGGAGUAAGUCACCUUCAUGGCUUCUGCCAACACCCAUUACCUUCUGAAUUACUGAGCCCACCAUUCAGAAUUCCUGUUGGUGAACCCUCACGCGCAGGCUAUCAUACAAUCUCACGUUUAGAAUCGCCCGGAUGACCUACAAUUCUGUUUAUGAGGAAGCUGAACAUGAUAUCCGAGUGGCUGAUAACGGCCCCACUUCCUGCAACAUGACAAACAUCAUCCUUCAUGUCGUUAUGAAAUGAAGGAGACGGUGUCUGCCAGAAACCCCAGGAAAGCUGCCAUGUAGGACAACGAAAGAGCAAGUGUCAAAAACUGGAACUACUUCAAAGAAACCCUUAAUUCAAUGCCAAGCGAUAAUUCGCAUGGCAGACAUUGGCGUUCCAUAGUCCCUACAUUAAAAGUCACAUUCACUCUUACAAAAA